AUGGGGCAGCCAUCAGCCCUGACAGUAAGAGGGACAACUACUCCCAUAGAAGCCCUAUGGGUGUCCAGCAUCUCAAAAGGCUCCCAUCCAAAAUUAACCAUUAAAAUAAAUAAACCAUUUAAGUUCUUUAUUGACACUGGAGCAGACAGGACAAUUUUAAGACAGCAAGUGAUCCCAUGUGACUGGCAACUGAUCCCUGAGCUCCAGCUCCUAGAUAUAGGGGGUACCACUCAUGCACUCAUUACCAAAAAGACCUACAGGUGUGAAGAACCAGAUGGAGCUAAUGGCUUCAUACAGCCCCCGGUGGCUCAAGUAACCACCAAUCUUCUACGAAGAGGUAUCUUACAAGCCUUAGAGGUGGUUCUUACCACCCAACCAGAAAGAGACCACAUUACAACACAGGACAUUACCUGUAAAGAAAAUAAUACCCAAGGAGACCCCAAAAACCCUCCUCCAAAUCACUACCAAUAUUAG